AUGCGUUUUACUCUCCUCACCCUCGGGGCUUUGGUGGCCAGCGUCAUUGCUGCCCCCUCAUCCACACAUGUCCUGCAUGAGAAGCGUAGUACUUUGCCCUUCGGUUGGGAAAGACACAACAAGCUCCCCAGCCAUGAGAUAUUGCCCAUGCGGAUCGGACUCAAGCAAAGCAACUUGGAUAAAGCCGAAGAGUUCCUCAUGGAAGUUUCCCAUCCCAGCUCACCAAAAUACGGGCAACACUGGUCCGCAAAGAAGGUUGCCGAGACCUUUGCACCCAGCCGAGAAUCUUUCGAUGCGGUAACUGUGUGGUUGAAGAGCUCUGGCAUUUCGUCUGAGCGAAUUUCCAGGUCUCAGUCCAUGGGAUGGUUGACUUUCGAUGCUACCGUCGCCGAGGCCGAGAAUCUGCUGAAGACGGAAUUCUUCAUGCACAAGCAUACCACUGGCAAACCCCAUGUCGGUUGCAAGGACUAUUCCAUCCCCGAAUUUGUCCAGCCUCAUGUGGACUUUAUCACGCCCACUGUCCACUUUGACACGAAAAUCCCUCAAGGUAGACACAUGGAGAAGCGAGAUAUGCCCCUCGAGAAACGAGCUCCGCCGACGAUUGCUGCUGCAGGAGUGCCGGUAGAAUCCAAGGCCGCCGUGCACAAGAUCACAGACCCUAGUGGUGGCUAUCUUCCUAAGAAGGGAGCUGAUAUCAACAUUCAGAGUAUCAUCACAGAACUUGAAACCUGUGACGAAUUCAUCGUGCCUGAUUGCUUGCGUGCGCUCUACAGCUUCCCUCCCAACUUUGCUGCAAAUUCUAAGAACAGCUUUGGCAUCGUUGAAUACACACCGGAAGCCUAUCUUCAGGGCGAUCUGGAUCUCUUCUUUGCCAACUUUUCCAAGAACCAAGUCCAGAAGACUCCUACUUUCGAUUCCAUCGAUGGUGGUGUCCUGCAGACGACGGAGGAAAGCUUCGAAUACAACGGCGAGUCGGACCUGGAUCUUGAGUAUGCCAUGACUCUGGUCAAUCCCCAGCCCGUCACACUGUAUCAAGCGGGAGACUUGAUUGAGGGUGCUUCUUUCAACAACUUCCUCGACGCCAUCGACGGCUCAUACUGUACCUACGAGGGAGGAGAUGAUCCAACUCAGGACGCUGUCUAUCCUGAUCCCUUCGGUGGCUACGAAGGCCCCGAGAAUUGUGGUGGCUUUGCCGCGACGAAGGUUAUCUCGACUUCGUACGCCUACAAUGAAGCAGACUUGACCGCGUUCUAUGAGAUGCGCCAAUGCAAUGAGUACAUGAAGCUUGGUCUUCAAGGAACUACUUUUUUCUACUCCUCUGGAGACUACGGCGUUGCCGGAAACGGUGGUCAAUGCAUCGCCGCCAACGGCAGCUACAACGAUGGCACCUCCGGCAGGUUCAAUCCAUCCUUCCCAGGAACAUGCCCCUACAUUACAUCAGUCGGAGCCACACAAAUCAAGCCCGGCGCCUCGGUCACCCAGCCGGAAGAAGCCUGUGAAACAGUCAUCUUCUCCGGCGGCGGCUUCUCCAACGUCUUCCCUCUUCCCUCUUACCAAGCGGCAGCAGUGAAGUCGUUCUUUGCCAAUCACCCACCUCCAUACACCUCCGCUCAGUACAACAAUUCUCAGCAGACUCGAGGUUUUCCCGAUAUAUCCGCCAACGGCGCGAACUACGUGAUUGCAGUCGACGGCACCUUUUCCCUUGUCUACGGCACCUCUGCAUCUUCGCCUGUGGCUGCGUCCAUUUUCACCCUUGUCAAUGAGGCUAGGCUUGCAAUUGGAAAGAGCUCCGUCGGUUUUAUCAAUCCUGUCCUUUACGCUCAUCCUGGGGAUCUGAACGAUAUCACGAGUGGAGGAAAUAUGGGGUGUGGGACUCCGGGAUUUACAGCGACAACGGGGUGGGAUCCAGUGACAGGGCUGGGAACUCCGAAUUUCCCUAAGCUGGUAGCUACGUUUCUGCGAUUGUGA